AUGUCUAAGAUGGUUGUGACCCAGCCGAGGCCCUUCAUCACAAACUCCAUAUCCAACGAAUGGACCUCUGGCAUCUGUGAAUGCUUCCAAGACCUGCCCCAGUGUUGCUUGGCCUUCUGGUGUCUUCCUUGCUUCUACUGUAAGACAGCCCACGAGGCCGGGGAGUGUGUGUGUUUACCUCUGCUGGAUGGUUUUGGAUGCAUCCCUCCUAUAUCCACAGCCCUCAGGGUGUCAGUACGCCAACGAUAUGGAAUUGAGGGUACAGUUUGCAAUGACUGCGUGUAUGCCUGCUGCUGCGGGCCCUGCAGCUGGUGUCAAAUAGCAAGAGAGAUCAAAACAAGGAACCACAGCAUCAGCAUCAUUAACGUCAUCGCCACCAUCAGCGGUGUCUCUUCAUCAUUAGCUGUUUGGAAUAAGAGGGGAUCAGUAGACUGA